AUGAGCUUCUCAUCAACUUUUCCAUCCAUGAUGAGUUUUGAGGGACCCUAUUCAAACGUCUUGCAGAGUCCUACCGCCGUCAAGAGCACUGGCCAAUUUCUACCGCCGGCCUUCAAGCCAUACAGGACAUCAACAAACAUCUCUGGCGCCCCGAUGAUACCUUUGGGUCCACAAUUCACCGACGCCAUGCCGUUCACAGGCUACCAAGUGAGCUACGCUACCAAGCGCCCACGCAGCGUGAUUGAGGAUCACCUUGAGGUUGAUCACCCCGAACCUAUUCGAGGCAAGCGAAGUCGGGUGCUGGAUUCUACAGAGGCCAUGUUCCAUUCCCCAACCUCUAAUCAGGGGGAAUCCAACUUCACCUUCAUGAGCCCAGAUUCAAUUCUAGGCUCAUCCUCGAGCUACAAUGACGUUAUCACCCCCGAAAUUUCUCGCCGUUCCUUUUCAGAAAAAGAAAGGCGCUACAAAUCUUCCGUACCAGCUCUGUCUCCCCUUGCCACCCGGAAUUGCUCCGUGGAAGACACACCCUCUGUGUCUUCGACUCCAAUCUCGACUCCGAGGAAGUCUUCUUCCCAGUACGAGUCAGCUGCCAAACCUAUGUUACAUGUCCCAAUGUUAUCGUUAUCUGUUACCGAAAGUCUCAACGAAGCACUCAUGAUCAUCGGGUAUUUGAGGCAAAAGUCGUUGAGCCGAGCAUCAAAUCCGAGAGAUCGCAAUACAUGGUGUCAGGAGACUUUGUUGGCAUUUGAAGAAGCGAUCAGGACUAUACCCAGGCUGGGGCGUGCAAAACUACUAGCUUUGACACCGGAAGGGAAAAGGCCGUUCGGGAGGAAUGAGCUGAUAGCGGACUACAUCUAUCGAAGGACGGGCAUUGAGCGCGAUCGUAAACAGGUGUCAAGCCACAUCCAGGUCAUCAAGAACUCGAAAAAAGUUCAGCCUUGUAAGCUCCUCUCACCAGCUCCUGAUGGUGACAGCAUGGCGUUCGAUGAUUGUACAGCAAGUUGGUACGGUGCUUGUAUCACCGGUGACUUGCUAACACUUCAUGCCUGCACGCCUGAACUACCUUUCCCAAGUCAGGUCCUAAGUCAUCUGCCUGCCAUGAGAAGCGAUCUUGAAUGGCAGAACUUCUUGAAAGCUGCCCACGAACUGAGGAAGUCGGGUCUCAGCAACACCAGGCUAGAUCACUAUUUGAACAACGCCAAUGCCACCCAGAAUUCGGAGAUACAUGAGAUUGUCAAGGAGCUGGAUACCUCUGUUAUCCGACUGGCUUGCGAUGCUACUUUUAAGAAAGUCUUGGAGAAUCGUCCAGCCGCUCGAAAAGCUGUGGAUUCUGUUGAUGCUUCGAGCCCUACGAAGGAAAAUAGGGCAGGCUCAGCGUUCCCGAAUAGGAUCCUCAGCUUUAACAACUCGUCAAAUCCGAACUCGUUUCCAAUCCCUUGUGGUCCACCAUCAAACUCAAUCCAGACUCCAUUUUAUGGAUGUGAUUUGACCAACAACGCUUUCCCCUCGCCUCGCCUCUUUCCUUCGGUUGACUUUCCUUACCAUCCGCCGUACCAAUUUCCACAGGUGAGGUUUCAAGCCAGCUUCUACAUCUUCCCUCUCAAGGAUGUAACAAAGAUUGACCAAAUUAUUGAAUAUCUACAGGCACAGCCAAGCACGAGUUUUUGGUCUCCUACGACUCAUCGGACGACAGAUUUUAAGAUCAUGUCCGGAUGGCCUCUCUCCUCCAGUUUCGAACAGGUGGGACAGUCAAGUCGAGGAUAUCCAGCGAUAUACAACGAAGAACAAAACUCGCGUCAGGAAUUUCCUCUGGACACUCGGCGCACAGGUAUUGUAAGCUGUCUCUUAUACUCAUUGAAAUUUAAGUCAGUGAUUAAUUCGGAGAGAACUUUGAACACCAAAGAACUAUCAACAGUGAGGCCGAAAAAUGUAACCUGCCAAGUGUGA